CGGUCAAAGGUGAAAGUUGAACCAACCCAGCAGCGCUCACAUUACGUUAGCCGACAAUGGCUAAACAUCAUCCAGAUUUGAUCUUUUGCAGAAAACAAGCCGGCGUCGCUAUCGGGAGACUUUGCGAGAAAUGUGAUGGGAAAUGUGUCAUCUGUGACUCCUAUGUGAGGCCAUGCACGCUGGUGCGCAUCUGUGAUGAAUGCAACUACGGCUCCUAUCAGGGGCGCUGCGUCAUCUGCGGCGGACCCGGAGUAUCUGAUGCCUACUACUGUAAAGAGUGCACCAUCCAGGAGAAAGAUCGAGAUGGCUGUCCUAAGAUUGUGAAUUUGGGCAGCUCCAAAACAGAUCUGUUUUAUGAAAGGAAGAAGUAUGGCUUCAAGAAGAGGUGAAGAUGCUACCGUCGGGUCCAUCUUGUUGUUUUUCAGCUUUUGGAGAUGUUUUUUUUUUUUUUUCUUUUUUUGAAACCUCAACAAAUGUU